AUGAGUAAUAAUAAUAAUAAUAUAUACUUUGAGAAACAAAGUUUGAAACUAUGUGGUUUACACACUAUUAAUAAUCUUUUACAAUAUAGAGCAUAUACAAGAAGUGAACUUGAACAUAUUGCUUAUGAUUUAGAUCAAACAAAGAAAUGGAUAAACCCUCAUAAAAACUUUUUUGGUCUGGGUAAUUAUGAUGCAAAUGUCUUGAUUGUUGCACUGAAUAGAAAAGGUUUUGAAGUUAAAUGGUUUGAUAAAAGAAAGAGGUUAGAUGAAAUUGAUUUUGAUAAAGUAUAUGGUAUCAUUGUAAAUUGUAUGCUAAAAAAGAUAAUGGGACUAUGGAAUUCAAGACAUUGGUUUGGAAUAAAGAAUAUGAAUUAUAUAUCUACAGAGUCAAAAACAACUUCUGAGACUACCACCUCAUCUACGCAACCACCCUUAACAACAACACCUUUCAACUAUUGUCUUUUGAAUUCAGAGACAAAUCCGAUAGUAUUUCAAGCAAAACAAAAUUUAAUAAACUAUUUAGCAUCUUUUAUCAAUGAAAAUGCAGAGGUACUAUUAGUUUACGAACAAUCUACACUUGCAGAACAAGAAAAACAACAACAAUACGAUCCUUUUAAUUUUAAAUCUUUAAAGAUUAUAAUUAAUGGUAUCAGUAAUAGUAAAUCAAAUGAUUGUUUUAUAAAGAGUGAAAUAGCUAAAUAA